AUGGAUCCGUCCAAUGGACCGGAGCCCUGCGUCGUCUGCGGUGACAACGCCACCGGUUUCCACUACCGUGCCAUGACCUGCGAGGGCUGCAAGGGCUUCUUUCGGCGGUCAGUGCAGAAGAAGCUGGAGUACACCUGCAAAUUCAACGGCCGCUGUUCGGUGGCGGACAAGCAGAACCGCAACAGCUGCCAGAAAUGUCGCUUCGACCGGUGUAUCAAGGGUGGCAUGGCCAGAGACUGUGAGUUUUCAGCUCCCUUCCCCCUCCUGCAUACCUCUUGUCUCUUAGCUUAA